AUGGUGGUGGCGGUGGCGGCCUUGUUGCUAGUUGUGGAGGGCGUCGAAGAGACGGCGCGCGCUCGAUUCUUUUCUGGCUCCGACGGCAGUCUACACAUUGAAACACUGACGCAGGAGCCCGUGUAUAUCAACGGUGUCGACGUGCUGGCCCAGCUCGCGGCCCAACAGGCUCAAAUCCAGUCUUUGCUCCAGCGCAUGGAAUGUGUUCCCUCUUGCUCGGCCUCUACAACGGGCCACCAUGGUUCCACAACGGGCCACCAUGGUUCCACAACGGGCCACCAUGGUUCCACAACGGGCCACCAUGACGUAUCAACGACCAGCCCCAUGUCGACAACCAGGCCUCCGAUGACGACCACGCGACCGGCAACCACACGAUUGACAACUACCACCAUGCCCGAUUUCUUGGGCUGCGAUCUCUCGCAACUGUCCCCGGUGGUGAGGCACUUGACAAAGAGCGUCCGCUGGAUAUCCUGUCCCUCGCUGACAGCGCAAGAUCUCUCAAUUCUCGCGAACCUCAGUUCAAUCAAUGGGGAUUUGAUUAUCAAGGAUACGCAACUCACCAACUUUGAUUAUCUAUCGAAAAUGUCCUUUGUCGGUGGCGUCAUUGAAAUCACGGACAAUUCCGAGCUCACAAGUUUGAAUGGGUUAUCGAAUCUGUUCAAUACAGCCGGCGACGACAUACUGAUUUCGUCCAAUCCAAAAUUGUCUGUGAUCAACCAAUUAGACCACCUGUCCUACGUGGGCACCUUGAACAUUUCCAAUAAUAAUGCCUUGACCAGCAUCUCUGGCCUGGAUCGACUUCACACCGUCCACAACACCCUGAGCAUGAAUAUGAACCCGAUGUUGACGACCAUCGCUGGGUUCAUGGCGCUCACCGUGAUCGGCGCAAGUUUGGCCAUCAACAACAAUGCGAACUUGCUACAGAUCGAUGGCUUUAACACCCUCACCCGCAUUGGGGAGCAACUCAACAUCAAGGAUAACUUUGAUCUGGCCGAAAUUCAAGGCUUUGAGAACCUCACCUCUGUGGAUGCGUAUGUCCAGGUUUGCGGCAACAAUGACUUGAAUGCAUCCUACAUUGCCAAGUUUGAGGACCUGGGAAAUCAAAGUGCGCCAGACCACACCAUGGGUUGCCAAGCCAGCAAAGCCGUUGAGACGUCCGAGGGCAACAAGCCAGAGGCCCAGCCCGAGGCGUCGGCCGCCCCUGUUGAGGACAAGCCCGCUACCGCUGAAGCCGAGCCCGCACAGACCGAGGCCGAGCCCGCGCAGACCGAGGCCGAACCUGCUGCUGCCGCUGCCCCAGCCGAAGAGCCCUCCCCCGAGGAGGCUCUCAAGCUCGAGCUCCUCACUACAGAGGGCCUGCAGCCCGUGUAUGAGAUCAUCACAUCCAAGGACAAGAUCAUGGACGUGUGGAACGCAGCCGAUUUCAAUGGCAAUGGUGGCUGCAGCUUGGCUGAACUGGACCGCUUGGUUGAAGCCAAGGGCUGGGAAGUGAGCAAGCCCUCUCUCAUGCGUGCCUACAAGCACACCACCCUCAAGGACGGCGACGGCGAUCCCUGGGUUGAGAAGAAGGAGUUUGCCGCGUUCCUGCGCAACCUGUUCUUCUAUGAGCGUCUCUGGUCCAUUUUUGAUGAGCUCGAUGACAACGAUGAUCGCCGCAUUGACCUCAACGAAUUUAAGGCUGGCAUGGCCAAGCUGGGCAGCAACAUGUCGGAUGCCCAAGCCGAGGCGGAGUUUGGCAAGAUUGAUCAGAAUGGCGGUGGCAAGAUCCUUUUCAAGGAGUUUUGCGAUUACAUCAUUGCCCUCAGCGGCGCCCCUGCACUCGUCAUUGAGUAGAACACGCCACUCUGCACAGCGCUCCCAGACCCUUACCAUGCACUUGCGCAGGGUAGUGGGCCAUCGACUUCUUGGCACUCGGCUCUAUAAUCUGCAUGUGCUUUUUAUGGCGUUGACCUCAAUGCCUCAAUGCGGCCAUAUGUAUUCAGCCAGCGGUCUCUCAUUCUGUUUUCGUUGUUCAUUUUUUUCAGCUCCCACAAAGUGGAGGCUUUGUGAUCACCUCCGUGUAAAUGAAUGCGUUCAAUUGAUUUUGUUCGAGU